AUGCUGAUCUGGAGGAGGAGAAGGAGGAGGAGUGACGACGUCACGCCGUGCACGCUCGCGGCCUGUCGUAGCAACGCGGAAGAAGGAGGAAGGAGGUCCUCCACGUCACGGAGGUGUAACAUUGGCGUCAGUGCAACACAAGGUGCUACCUCAGUACGAUUUCGGUACCGCUGUACAGCUCCAGACAUCCUCGUGUGGGAUAUAAUAACUCGUAUGACCACAGGGAGAAGAUACGUCCGCCCGUUUCUGCACCGAGGGGCCUCGGCGUGAACUUGGGAGUCCGCUGAAGAUUGCGCCACCGCCUCAGCGUCUCGAUGGGGGAAUCAGGCUCACGCCGCUCCGCGCUCGUUUCCCGCCUGCCGAUCUUCCGCCGCAGCAGCAGCAAGAGGCAGGAGUCUCUCCCCUCGUCUCCAUCUUCGGGCGGCGUGGGAAAUGGCGUCCACACCUCCUCGCCUUCCAGCACCAACUCCAGCUCCGGCAGCACCGGCAAGCGUCGGAGCCUGUUCCGCGCUCCCUCCCUCAGUUUCACGGCUAAGCGGAACAGCGAGCCGCGCGUCCAGCCGAUCAACCUGAACCUCACGCCUCCCCUGCCGCAGGGCACUGACGCCAACGGUAACAACCAGCAGACGAUAACAGCCUCGGUAUCGACAGGGUUCAGCGAGGGCGGCGGACGCCCCAAGUCGCGGCACUCGUUCGGUUUCGGCAGCCACAAGCAAAAGAAAAUCACGCGCUCUCAGACCGAAGACUUCGAAAAAGCUUCCUCCUCCUCCUCAACCAAUCGGAAUGUGUUCAUCAACUGUAUAAGCGGCUCGGGGGCCAAUGAAGGAGACGACUCCGGGUUCCUCGACGACUUCAGCGGCGGCAGUAACAACAACAGGCGUUCGUCGCGCCAGAAGAAGCAGCUGCUGCCCAAGUCUUUCUCGGCUCACCACCGCUUCUCCCGCACGUCUGACCAUCACAGGCCUCCGGAAGUGAACCUCGAGCCGCCGAGCUCCGCCGCCGCCGUCGCUGCUCCGGGGGCGGGAGGGCUCACCCCGGGGUCGUGGCCCGGCGAGCUGCUCGGCGCCGGCGGCGAGAGCUCGCUCCAGUCCCCCAUGAUAUCAGAGGAUCGGACCACGGCCAUCACCCCUUCGGAGUUCAUGCCCAUGACGGAAGACUCUGUAUCUGAGGUGGAUGUACUGCCACCAGCGCCAACCCCUGCGUCCGGUUUAGCCCCGGAACCUGCGUCUGAGCCCGGGCCGGCUCCCGACACCGCUGACGCUUCUCCCCCGGAAGCCCCAUCUGCUCCAGAGAACUCCAACGUAGUCGUCUCUACCUCCCAGGUUUUCUUCACCCCAGCCCAGUCCAGUGCCGAAAAGCCCCUGCUUCCCGACACCAGCACAGCCAACAACACAGACUACGACACUGCCGUUUCCCUCUCGGAGCCAGAGACAGCUGUGCCCUGCCCGCCUCCCCAAGAACAAUCGGUGGAAGAGAGGAAGGAGAGGGAGGAGGAAAGAAAGGAAGCGAGCAAAGAGGUGUCCGCGGAGACGAGGCGGGAGGCGGCCGAGGAGAGGAGGGCGGGUUACCACACGGAGACCACCAGCGAGAGCGAGGCCUGCGUGGUGCGCAGCGAGGGUUGCCACUCGAACCCCGAGCAGUCGGAGAGGAGGGCAAGGCACACGCUUUCUGUUCAAGAGAGGGGGAACUUCUGCGGCUGCCACGAACCCAGGUCCUCUCACUUGAGGAAACCGCACACAGCCUCUCUGUGCAGCAGUGUGAGCCCCUACCACGAAGUGAUGCGGAUGGAAAGGCGCCUGCGUUCCUCGUCUGAGGGGGCUGGUGGUCCUCGUGUCCAUGGAAACCACAGGGAGGCCCCGGGCAUGGAGGGAUGUGGUCUCCUCAAACACAGGAACAACUCAUCCUCAUCUAAACUGGGAAGUCUGGAUGUUCUAAACAACUUGGGGUCCUCAGAACUGGAUGAGGACGAUCUCAUGUUAGAUCUGGACCUCUCCGAUGAUCAACGGCAUCGACAUGUGUCCAGAGAAGACUCCAGCCAAUCCCUGGCCUCCUGUCUCAACUUGCUUCCCUCUCCAAUGGACCCAUCUGGAGAUCGCACUGUGGGGAAGGAAAACAAUCAGAGGGAACCCAGCCGUCCGACCACCCUGCUCCCCGCUGACUGGAGCACAGGGCUGGGCUUAGCGAGGGAAGAAGACCCCUUACCUCCAGGGCUGGAGACCCUUCCACUCAGACUGAUGCAGCAGGACUGCACUGCUGUCAAAACCCUGCUUUUAAGACUGAGGCGGACACUACAGGAGAGCGCAGAGACGAGUCCUGCCAGCAGCCUCCAGUCUCUACCCAUCAGCCCCUGCAGUGAAAAGUCUCUUCCAUUUAAGGAUCUGAGCAGAGAGGAGACCCUGCUGCAGCAACUGAAGGAGAAAGAUGAGCUCAUUGUCAGACUCCAGAGCGAACUGGAGAGUGCCAAAGCUGCCCUGAAGAUGAAAGACUGCCAAAUGACUGACCGCACAACACAGACGGAACACAUGGGUCCAGAGACCAGUCAUCCAGGCCGGUGGUCAGGACUAGGCAGCAGCAGCAGCAGCAGCAGCAAUCUGGCUCCAAGGGACCGAAGAGCCAUGCGGGGUGUGGGGUCAGCGCACGCAGGGGACCUCUCUAACCAGCACCUUCCCCAUCACUGUGCGCCUCUGCAUGGUCGGCCUGCUGCUUCUGAGCGACUCACUGCCCGGGAGGAGCGCUACUACCAGGGGGCACUGGCGCAGCCUUCAGCUCGUAACCCCGUCCUGAACCUGGCUCCGGGCGGCUCGUCUAACUCGUCCCCUGCCACUUCUGCGGCGCCAGUCCAAGCCUCACCUACUACAGCGGCCCAGCUUCAAGUUUCACACCCGGGCCUCGGUCCAAAUCAGUGCCCAGGCUCCGCUUCGGUGGCUGCUAAUCACACCUCGGUUCAGUUUUUGUCCUCCAAACAGCCAGAGAGGGUGUCCUCUUCCUCUGAGUCUUUAACUCCAGGAGGAGGAGGAGGAGGAGGAGUGAGUCAGUCAGGUGGGGCAAGGAGAGGAGGAGGAGGAGGAGGAGGAGGAGGAGAUCACCAUCCUCCCAGUCAUAUUCCUCGUGCAGUCGCAGCCAGCGUCUCUUCAAGCCUCCACAGCCUUGCGAGCAGAGGGAGCCCGUCCCCGAGCGUCUCAUCGUCCGAGCAAGCCUCCCCUCCACCUCCAACCCCUUCUUCAGCCUCCUCUUCCUCCUCCUCAUCCUCCACGUUUACCGGCCGCUUAGGGCAGCCACCUCGAGGCCCUCUGUCCCUGCACAGCUACAGCCGUAAAAAUGUCUUCCUCCAGCAUUCCCUGCAUACUGCCGAACUGCAAGCCCUGACGCAGAGAGACAGUUGAGGGGUAACAUUUCCACCGUUCCAAACAUUAGCAGCCAUAUCAUGAAACUCAGCGACACGUGUGACUUUAAAGAAAGAAAAACAAAAAAAAAAAAACGCUGCUACUUUGGUGAAAGUUGCUCAUGUUUUAUUGUCUCGGUUCCACUGAAUCAUCAGCCACAUGCGUUUUAAAAUCACUCUUGUCUCUCUUUUUUGCAUUCCAGACCAGCCCUUUGCUGACAUUUUGUUCGUAGAUUUCCUCGCUUGAAAACGCACUCAUAGUUUACACACACACUCACACACACACACACACACACACAGAGUCGGGCUGUGAGUACGAAAAAAGGCACUCACCCGUCUAUCAGAACUCCCACGUCGUGUCAUGCUGACAGUUUAGACGUGCUUACGCCCACAGACACACACAGACUCACAACCUCACCACAAAUCUAGUCCUGCACGCUCGAACACACACUCUGACACAAAGGCUUCAUCUGUGAUAUCUCUGCUUCACCAUCUGCACAAAGCACAGGGUGUUAAAGAUGACUGAAGAAGUGGAGUGUGCGCACCGUUAAAGAUUCCUCCUUUUUUUUUUUUUUUUAAUCCAUUUCUUUGACUAUUUUUUACCAUGCGCUGCUCAAGGAGCCACGGGACCGAUCGUGAAUUUGUGCUCGGAAGGAUACAUCGUCACAUUGCCAAAAUCCUACAUCCGAUCGAAUCUUCUAAUGCAUGCUUUUUAAAAUGUACGGGGAAAGACACAGGUGAGCAUUUUGUACUGCGACAGAGCUGGGAUCGGUGGGACUUUUGAAGUCUCAGUAUCAACUUUCAUUCCAGUGUUUUUCGAAAAAAAGGAAUUUAAAAACACGCCAUAACAUAAAGAUAAUAAUUAGCCUGUUUGUAUCGUGUCUGGAGAAGAAAUGCCUCUCCUUCUGCUCACAUUAACAAUUAGAUGUACUCUUUUUUUUUCUUAAAAUACAACUCUUAAAAUACAACUUUGCAAUAUUAAUUAUUAUAUACAACAUUCUGUGUCUGCCCUGCAAUGUUAGAAUAGUACAGUACACAUGUAGUGAAAAUCAGUUACUGUUUAAACAAUUUGAUACCUAUGUACGCUUAAAGAAGAUUAAAAGCCUCAGAACAAUAUGUUUGAGCAGAACAAAGUGUUGGGAUUUGGCGCAGUUUUCCAAAAUAGGGAACAAAGUAUCACAUUUUCGAAUGAAUUCCUUCUAAUCUUCUUUAGGUCUGGGUAUUGACCAGGGAUACGUAUUGGUGCUCCUCUAAAUGAUUACAUAGUUCUGGUAGAUAUGUUUUCUAUGACAAGAAUACUGAGGCAAUCAUUCCAGUAGAGUGUGAUAAUAGAACAAAUAUUGCACAAAAAACAAACAAACAAAAAAAAAACAGAAAACAUGAUUUUUCAAACUUUCCUGUUGGUAAAAAAAAAAAAAAAGCACGAGUAUUUCACUGAUAAACAAUCCUCAAAUGUUUUCCUCCUUUUAUCUUCUCGAUCUCAGAUGUGUUGGUUACAUUUAAAGUAACUGACCUUAUGAGAUGUCUUUUGCUAUAACACACUCAUCACUUAUGUUGUUGUGGAUCCUGGGACGCACACACCUGUUUUUGUAUGAACUGCCACGGCCCGCUCACACAUACAUCCCUCACUCUUUGGGGACAGGAGGUUCCACAUUUUAAGUGAGACAACCCCCCGUUUUUUUUUUUUUUUUUCACUGGACGGCAGAAUGACCUUUUCAGUCUGCCGCUGUUGAAUAUAUUGGCUCUUGCUGACCUGACAAGAAUACCGAACUGUCCCCUCUUUCCCUGUAGGCUUUGCAGUAAACAAAUAUUGUAAUGUCACCAGGGAGGUUGGAGCCUGCCCUGCUCCCGAGGCGCAGACGAGCUGGUUCACAGCUCCUGCCGUCUACAGACCAUGGGAGGUUUUGGGGGAAGCUGUUGACCUUGUCUGUUCCUAAACGGCACCUGGCUGUAGGGUACUUGUAAAAUAAAAUUGUGUGAGUGUGUUGUAAUGCGCACUUUAUGCUCCAGGGAUCUGGUAGCGCUGGAGAAAAGCCUGAAGGGAAGGCAGCUCCGCUCCCAGCGGUGGAAGCCACAGCUCUUUUUCCUCCGCUCAGACUUUGCCUCGUCUUUUAUUACCCUACUGUUUCCAUCUUCCUCCCAUCGCCACCAUUUGUUUUUUUUUUCCCUCGCAUAUACGCUCUUCUCCCAGCACAUUUGCCUCCCUCUGUCCCCCAGCAUCCAUCUCCAUAGCAUGCAAACUGUAGCUGCUUUUGUUUCUCUCCUCUUUUUUCCUCCGCUAUCUUUCAUUUCCACCUCCUCCUCCUCCUUCGAUCAAGUCCCAGGUCUCGCCUCCGUCUUCUCUGUAUCUCCCUCCCUCGCCUAGCUUACUUACCCAGAGCUGUUAUUGUCAUACGGUGUGUUUGUUGCAGUGGCUCUCAGUCCUGGGCAUUGGGACCUGCAGCGCUGCCUCUUUUCAUUCCAGCUUUCUAAUCAGGCAGUAAUUUUACACCUGGUAAAUGCAAUUAACUACCUGGUAGGAUAGACGGGCGGCAGUAAUGUUGCUCCUGAGGACCUGGACUGAGAGCCGGGGCUGUAAAACAGACUAAACAUUCCUCGCACGGAUUGUUUACAGGUGGAAGGUAACAAUGCUUUGCCGCUGGCUGACCUCUUAAGAAAUUCCAUUUGCAUCCCUCGUCGGUGCAUGCAUCAUAAUGUAGUUGACAUACGAAAAUGUCCUAAGAGAGUAUCUAACCUUGUUCUGUGCUGCCCACUCAGACUUCCUUUUCUUUCGGCUCGGAAAACAUAGCGCAGAGGUAGGCCGCUGGUUAUGUUACAUGUCACAACAGGAAGAGGACGCGUCUGACAUGGCAGUUCAAAUGUGACAUUGAGGUCUUUGCAGAUCUUUUAAACUCUCCCGAAACGAGUUUCACUUCUUGGAAACGAGGGUUUGCAAAAGUGGGCUCACACCUCAUGAACCUCACAAUCUUCAUUUUCGCUUAGCAGCAUGUUGUGCGUUUAAGACACUACGUCACGUUUAUUUGGAAGUAAUUUAUUUUUGCCUUAUUUAUAUUUAUUCCGAUGGGAGCAGUUUCCUAAAAAGGCACUAAUGCAUAAAGAUGGUAGUCAUGAUAAUAAUCACAAUGGAGAUAAUCAUGUUGUUGUUAUUAUUUUAUCUAAUCAAGUUUUUAUGCUGCCCUAGCUCUUUAAUGCUCUUACUGUGAUUUUAUUUGUUUUGUCUUCUGUUUAAAUUGCUGUAUUAAUUAAAUUGAAUUGUAUAAGUGUACAUAUAUUACUGAUAUUGGUUUAUGAGCAGUUUGUGUUCUUAUAAAUGGUAAUAAUAGGGUUCUAAUAGGGUUCACCUUGUUGUUUGUUAGCACACAAGAGAUUAAAACACGGCUAAAAGAGAUUUUUUUUUUUUUUAAUUAAUUUUUCCAUUGAAGUGUCAAAUGCUGAAAGAGGUCUGAGCUAUUACCAAAGUAUUUCAGGCUAUAGUUACACUUCAAAAUAGAAACAAAUGUGACAAACUUACCCUAACCUAAUGAAUUUCUUGUUAAAUUUUACCAGUUCACUGAGAAGGUGUUGGUUUGGUGGUCCCCUCCUCCCCCCCUCGCCUUUGAAAUCCUGCCUUUGCACUCGCUAUUUUUGCUUGGGAUGUCUUUACAGACGAUGAUAAUCUAUUAAAAGCUGGUUUUUUGCUGUCCAGGUCGACAUCCGUGUCUGUGCAUAUAAAUCUAUUGGGUAGACUCACACUGUGAGCCCCCGACCAGUUAGCCCAUAUAUUCAUUAGAAAUAAUCCACCUACACAGAUGUGGAGGAACUCUCUUUGUAGAGUUGUUUUUCACUUUUUGUCCUCCCUUUUUUUUCUUCCAAAUAUCUUUGACACAAACCGAUUUAAUGGGCUAAUGUGUGGUCUAAAAACAGUGUAUGUUUACCCAAAGUAUUCCUCUUCAGUUUCUGUCCAGCAUAGUUUUUGUCACUCUCGCGGUUGUUUGUUCACAUGAGAAAAUGUUUUAUCAAAAGAUCUUUGUCCACUGUGUCCUUAAUGUUAAUAUUUAAUACAAAUUAAAUUGAUGAAAGCAUCAA